GGGAAUGUACUACACAACACCCGUCUACCAGUUCCGGAUGAAGUGUCAUCUCUGCGAAAAUCACUUUGAAAUUAAAACAGAUCCCGGAAAUUUAGACUAUGUCAUUCUCUCGGGGGCACGUCGACAGGAAAAUCGCUGGGAUCCCACACAAAAUGGCCAGGUAGUACCAGAUGACAAGGAGAUGCAGAAGAGACUCUUUGAUGAUGCCAUGUUCAAGUUGGAGCACUCUGCAAAGGAUUUGGCAACUUCCGCUGAAGCCAAACCUGCUUUGGGGCGUCUUUUUGAGAGGAAUGAGGAUGUUUGGCGAGAUCCAUAUGAAGCCAAUUCCCGGCUAAGGGCUGAAUUUCGCACCAAGAAGAAAGAACUGAAGGUCACGGAGGAAAUUGAUAAAACCCUCCUGGCCAAAUCUAGUCUGGACAUUGAUCUUGUACCGGAGAAUGAUGAAGAUCGGCAUAUGGCAUCCCUCAUGUGUCUGCAAACGGUUAAAUCGUCUGAAGAGGAAGCAGCUGAAAGGCGCCAAAAGGCUAUAAAUCGUCCCUCACUUCCGGGAAGUACUGUUAUAUCCUUUGGUGGUAUCAGAGCUGAAAAGCUGCUCAGUAAGAAGCUCAAUCCGUUGGAUUUGGGAAUAAGAAAGAGACCAUCAACCUCGCCCGCAGCAACUGAGACUAAUGAAGGAAUCUCACAGAAUGCGAAAAAAUCAAAAGAACAUUAUCAAGAAACCCAAAAGACUCCUGAUUGUGCCAAGGAAGCAGCAAACAGUGUUGCAAAAGCCUCAGAAAAUGUACAGACAGCCCCAAAAACUGCAGAAGAAGCCCCAAAAGGCAUUUCACUUGUUGGGGACUAUUCUAGCAGUGGGACAGAGAGCGAUACAUAAAAUUCAAAAGCUGAUAAAUCACUUUCCAUUCUUAUCAGACGAGUGGGCAGAGAAGUGGGUGAAUGCGAACAAACGAUGCGGGCUGCAGUGUGCUACUUUCCGGGCUUCAGUUGCAUUUUCAAGCGCGCGCGCGACACCAAACACACUUUUCGUGUGCGUCAGGACGGAGACCCAGAAGAUCUGCAGCCGUAUCGCCUCGAGGAGCAAUACGGAAGACAUCAAUGCGAGUUUCUCCGACGUGCAAUUCAUCAAUUCCUCACUUCUUGUGGCUUUUUCUUUACGCCCUCAAAUGGAAUCUGUGGAGGAUGGGAUAGAAACGGCGUAUCGGAGCAAAAGUGUUGUAUGUGAAGUGUGAACCCAACAUGUGAAUGGAAAUUUUGCAGCAAGAAAUUGAGAAGACUUGUGAAGUGCAUUGAAGGAAUUGAAGAACCUCCCUCCCCUUUGUGCAGUGUGAAGGUGGGAUUUAUUGGCAAACAACAAGAGUUUGUGGAGUGUGAAGAUGAACAUCAGAGACUAUUUUGGAUAUUUCUCCCUCCUUGUUCUGGCAUCAUUCAGUGGUGCCAGCGCGGAGAGGUAUUCAAUAUCAAAUAUAUCUCCAAAGUCAAAGAAUCCCGAAAAUGGGCUACAUCUUCCAGAGGAUCUGGAGACGUCACAAGCAUCACAGACUGAAGUGUGGGAGACGCAUAUUGGGAAGGAAGUCAAGGAUCCAAAUAGUCGUGAUCACAAUCACGAACGAGUUGAACGAUCUGCAUCGCCCAUUGUGAAUGAUAUUUCCGCAAAGCCCGAACUGAAGCACAUGGAUGACAAUAAUGUGGAAUCCACGGCGUCUGGAAGGUAUUUCGGGAUGAUUGAGCCAACGUCAUCCGUUCAGGUGGAGAAUGAUCUGCUAACGGGAGAAAUGACGCAACAGAUGCGUUUUGGAAAAGAUCUCGAGGAGAAUGAGUCUUUUUUAGCGAAAGGGGGUCUCUCGAGGCCCCCGAAUACACCGUCGAUCAAUGCGACGCCCACAUCCCAGGCUGUGGUGCCUGAAACGACAACAACAUCAACGCAAAAGCCAGGCGGUGGACCCCGUCAGAACCCGAAUCCUGAUAUUCAAGAUAUCAUUACAGGCAUUGUUAAGCUUCUAAAUGGAAAUGUGAAUGUUCACGCGAAUACUCAAGUCACAAGACGCCCAAUUGCCACGCGAAUUAACAACAGAGGUCCCCCGAGGAUUAGUGAUGCUCAACCUGUUGCGGAUUUCGAUGCAACACCCACAUCUUCCCUACGACCACCACCACCGUAUCCAUUUGACCGGCCAGAGGGUCCAGUACGUCCCUUCCUCACAGGUGUACCAAUCCCUGAGCAAAUUGUCCCGUCAAUGCAACAAAGCUACCGUCCGGGAUUUAUUUCACAAAAUCGCCCCCCGUGGCAACGUCCACGCCCCCGACCGCCUUUGGGGAGCAACCAGAGACGCCCAAUUCCUCCAUAUAAACCCAUGCCACUGUCUGAGCAACUUAUCCCCGGGAAUGGACCACCAACUGUACAACCCACAACCACGACGACCACGGUGGAAAGUAUUGUGGAGAGUAAUGCUACAGAAACAAAUCUUGAUGUUAAUACGUACGAAGUAGCUGUGGAGAGUAGUGAGGGUGAGAUUAAUAGAGAGGAAGAAGCAACAGCGGAAGAUAUGCCGGUGAAGAAGGAAGAAUUAUCGAAGAAAAAGGAUAAACCAAAAGGGACAGAGAAGAAGCCAGUUAUUCCUGUUACACCAUUUGAGAGCACAAUCUCCACCGAAAUGGCCAGUAUUGUGAGUUCUUCGAGUGACACUGAAGUGUCCCUGCCGACAAUUUCUACAAGUAAAGUCACCCAAAUUCAGGAAACUUCGUCAAUUUCAUUGGAAUCUUCAAUUACGGAAAUCCCCGUCCCUGUGACAGUGUCAACGGAAACUCUCGAAAGUUUAGCACCAGAAACAACCUCUGCAACCUCCACGACUGGUCGAAUUGAAAUUUCUUCAUCGGAAAUUGAUGCAACAUCCACACAGCCGGCCAUUCCUUACCAUCCACGUCCGGGGAUUGUGUUGGAUGAUCCGGAAUUUAAACCCGGACAGGGUCGUCCACGACCAUCGCCACGUCCAUCAAAACCACAUCCCUACAUACCCAAUACACCGCAACAUCAAGCUGCCCCGCCGCCGGGUUAUGGGGAGAUCUUCGAUGUGACCCUUUCGGCCAUUCAGGGACCCACGGGAGGUACUUCGGGCGUUCAGACGGUCAAUAUUAAACCCUUCGGCGUUAUUGGGUCAGGCGAUAUUAUUGUUUCACCUACAGGGGAUGAGGGUUUUGUCUCGAUUGACGGCAAAAGGACGUACAUUAAUUUAUUUGGGGAACCCACAGAGGCACCCACAGCAACCACCAAAGUUGCCACGAAUAUCAAACCCACACCAACCAUUCAGCCAGGACAAACAGGCACAGGGUAUGCUGUGGCAGAAACAGAAGCAGUUAAGCUGCCACCGCCAAGACCUCACUACCGUCCAAGGCCACACCAGCAGCAACCACCAGUUCGCAUUGAUACGUGCAUUGUGGGGGAUGAUUCGACGUGCGAUCAGGCGCAGAAUGAGAAAUGCAAGACUGACAAUGGGGUGUCCAGUUGUCACUGUCGUCCAGGCUAUGCACGACGGAAGCACCGGGAACCGUGCCGGAAGGUGGUGUCGCUGCUCAUGUCGUUGCGCGUGGACCGGAUCUACGAACGACGCGUGGUGUGGGAUAAGAAAUUAGCGGAUCGAAGUAGUGAACCGUAUGGGCAGUUGAGCUUCGAAACGAUGCGCGCCAUUGAUUCAGCAAUGUCCAUGACGCCAUUCUCGGAUGAAUUUAUGGAGGCGCAUGUGAAUAGUAUUUACAGGGGUGAUCCAUCCAAGGGAUCAGCUGGGAUCUUCGUGAAUGUCACGCUGCAACUUGAGGAGAAUGCCGAUACACUCCGUCCGACACUCAAAGGUGACAUUCAGAGGCAUCUUCUUGGGGUAAUUCACAGGAGGAACAACAACAUCGGGAAUUCCGCUCUUUACGUCGAUAGUCCACCGGGAUCUGUGACAAGUCUCCAGGAUGUGGAUGAGUGUAUGUCAACGGAGCUCAAUGAUUGCCAUCCGGAGGCUGUUUGCAUGAAUGUUUGGGGGAGUUUUCGAUGUGAAUGUGCAGCUGGUCUACGUGAUCCGUGGGCAGAUCAACCACAACGUGCUGGAAGAACAUGCCAAUCGUGCCCAGAUACCUUCUGCAAUCAUCGUGGCACGUGUAGCUAUGAUACUUCCGGGGCACAGACAUGCACCUGCCUCAGCAACUACUAUGGGGCACAAUGUGAAAUUGAUGGGGAAGUUCUGGGUGUGGCAAUUGGGGCAUCUGUUGCAGCUGUUAUAAUCAUUGUUCUCACCCUUGUGUGCCUCGUGAUGUGGAGUCGUCGAUGGCAUCGGGAGCAGAAGAAUGCCAUUGGAAGUCCGGUCUUUGGCUACAUGGCCGGUACACAGGUGAAGACACCCGUAAUGGGACAAGCACCGUACCAAAUGACCCUCGAGGAUCGCAUGCGUUGGGCACAGAUUGCUGAUGUGAUGGCACAAGCCAAUCACUAUGCAGCUGAACCCGUAGCAGCCUCAACGAGGCCUUCAUCGGCAAUCUUUGGCUAUCCGGGGAUGCAAACAAUGGCCAGCUUGGGCAAUAUAAGUGGGAACAUGUCCAUGGCGGGUACAUUGCCAAUGCAUUCCAGCACCAUGCCACCGGUGCCUCUACCAAGACUGACACUAAAUAAUCGUUCGAGUGGUAUGAGGACACUCGAAAACUCCAGCUCGAGCGAAGAGGAAGAUCGAACGGAUCUUCUUGGACGGAAUUUCCAGGUGCCGCGUCCUAAAUCACGCAGCAAUGCCAGUGUCACAAGUGAUUUUGUAUAUUUCCAGAAUCAAUCUGGCAUCUACUACGACGUGGACUAUGAACCAAAUGCGGGUGAUAUGUACGGUGGGGGGAGUGUUGCAGCACCACAAGUACCAAAUCAUCCAAUCCCCGGACCCCAAGGAAUUCCCAUGAGUACGUAUACAGCCGGUAGGGCACCGGCGUCCUACUAUAUGAAGUGAUUUCUCAGCUCAAGAGCCAGAAAAAAGUAAAAGAAAUAAAGAAGGUAGAAAUAAGAGGGAAGUUUUGUGAGUCAGUAGUAUUUAGGGAAUCGUAAAAGAAAUUUUUGUACGUUUUAUUCUUUAAAUUUUUUUUUGAUAUUAUAAUCAGCAAGUGGUGUUUAUCUGCUGAAUAUAUUCUGACUGAUUUGGCGAAUAAUCACAGUAUUUCCAAAAAUCUGAAUAUUCUCAUUUUUUCAGCUAAGAUUUAGUACUUUUUUGGCUUGAAUUUACUGCUUUUUUUUAAAUUCUUUACAAGAUUGAAUUUUGAACUUUUUAGGCUUGAAUUUAGUACUUUUACGACUUUAAUUUAGUACUUACUUUUCCUAUUGGAAUUUAGAACUUUUUCAGUAAGAAUUUGCUGUUUAUUACAUCCUUUCUAUGCUUCAAUUUAGUACUUUUUCAGCUUAAAAUUAAAACUUUUUUUUUAACGGUAUUUAAAGCUUAAAGAGUACUAAAUUCUAGCCAAAGUAUUGAAAUUCAAUUUAGUACUUGGCCUUGUGACUUGAAAAGGCUGGUGUCGCAAAGUUUUAAAAUAAAAAAAAUAGUUAUUUUUAGGGAAGAAUUUAGUAUGUUUUCAACUAGAAUUUAGUACUUUUUAAUUGAAUUUAAUACUAAAGGAUCUAAAGAUUGCAUUUUCAAAUAAAAAUACCAAAAUCUAGCCGAAGUAAUAAAUUCAAGCCGAAAAUGUACUAAAUUGAAUUUCACUCCUUUAGCUAGAAUUUAGUAGGUACUCUUAAGGCUUUGAACUCAGUAAGAAAAAAUAUUAUUUUUAAGCCGAAAAAGUACUAAAUUCAAGUAACCUAUAAAAAGUACGUAAAAAACAGUACAUAAAUUCUAAUUGAAAAAGUUCUAAAUUCAAUCAGAAAAGGUAGGUACUAAAAAGUCGAAAAAGUACUAAAAAUCCUAAAAGAUACUUUAAAAAAAAAACAGUAAAUCAAGCUGAAGAAUUUAGGCUUUUGCUCCUCAGUCUCUACCAAUUUAGGACUGAAAAACAGAAAUGUUCGUCUGUUGAAUAUUUUGAUUUCUUUGACAAAUCAUCCGAAUAUUUUCAUUCAGUUAAACACCCCUUGAUAAUCAGUGUAUUUUGUAAAUAAAUUAAUUAAGUAAGGGCAGUUAAUCUUAAGGAAUUACAUACCUAUCCUACACAAAAAAAAGGAUUUUUAAACUUUACGCAGAGAGCCUUUUGCUGCCUCCAACAAAAUCACUUUAAAAAAAAUUAUAAAAAAUUGAGAAAAAGGAAAUCAUGCGAAGAAAUAUGUACUUUUUAAUGAAAAAAAUGUCACGAUUUAUUGAAAAAAAUGAAAUGAAAUGGAAAAUAAACAAAAAAUGAAACAAAAUAAA